AUGGAUGCUGACACUGCUGUUGCUGCUGGCGGGGCAGCUGCUCUACCUGAAGCUCGUUUUGAUUUCUGCCUGGAUGGUUGGCAUAGUUUCCGUGGUAAAUGCUACUAUUUAAGCAACCAUGUUGACACGUGGAGCAACGCAGAGAGCUAUUGUGCUAGCUAUGGUGGCAGUCUGGCCUCAGUCCACAACAUCUGGGAGUACAACUUCCUCCAGCGUUUGGUCAAGACUGGGGCUCACACUUUAGCCUGGAUCGGAGGUUACUACUUCGAGGGCGCUUGGAGAUGGGAAGAUGGCUCAGUGUUUGACUAUCACAACUGGGAUUCAGCGAGCUCCACUGACCGUUACCAGUGCCUACAGCUCAACUCUCAAGAGUCCCUGGGCUGGUCCAAUCACGGCUGCACCAUGCGCUUCCCAUUCGUCUGUCAGGUGAAGCCAAACUGCUAGUCGUCACAGUGUGUGCAAUGCUACCGCUGACUUCUACAGAUGAUACUUGAUGCUGCUGUUCUUUAUAAGACUGCAUACACACACUAUCUGUAACAUUAAUUUCAGCACAAAUGACUCCAUGUCAGUCGAGUGUUUUUUGUUUUGUUUUUAUAUGUAUUUUUUUCACGAAAGCAGUUUGGAAUGUAAGUCUGUUAUUUUAUUGUUUGUAUUAAUUGCUAUUGUAUCUGC